UUCCUUUUCUUCACAUUUUCCUUUUUAUCAUCUCUUCCUGAUUAUAAUAAAGAAGAACAAACAAACAAACAAAAAAAAACUAAGGAAUGAAUUUAUAAAAUUAGCCUUGAACACAAAGUGAAAGAGACUAGGGGAGAAAUUUACUUACAUGCUUAAGCUGUACACAAAGUGCUUUGCAAAAACAAAAACAAAAAGGCAUUGGGAAAAGAGAAAGAUGUCUGACAGAAGCAACAUGGGGGAAACCAAUUUUCUCCUUUACCUUUGUUGCAACCCACAUAACAUAACCUUUCUUCAGGAGCAAGCUUGCUCUCUUGUUCCCCUCUCUUUUAAAGCAAGCACCUACUUGUAUGAAUAUGUAAUUAGCAUGCACAUAUUAGGCUAUACAUUAAUAUUUAAUUUCAUGAGGGGAUACAAGCCGCUUUUAUAUACGGGCAGGAAUGCUAACAUACUAUUAAGUGUAUAUUCACUCUUUGAAGUAAUCGUAGUGAAAGAGAUGAAAUAACAAAUAAAAGUACAUAUAAAAUUCACCCAAUGAUGAUUUUCACCUAUAUAUUUGUGUGUGAAAGACUACAAUUUCUUACAUAUUAUAGGCAUGCAUAUGAAUUUCAUUUAUGAAUGAGUGAAAAUGCCUGUUGUGAUCUUCCUCUCACUUAGAGACAUUAAUGGUAUCCCCAUACAACUUUGCCUCUUUCAGUGUAGUCUCUUUUGAGAGACUUCUUGGAUAAAAUUAAAGGUCCUAUCUAGAAACAUUCCAUCAAACCCAACCACCUAUGACUUUUACACUUUUUUUUUUCUAACUUGCAAGUUUGAAACCAGUUGUCCAUCCUUUGCCCCCCACCCAACAACCCUACUUUCUUUUUCUCCAAUCGCUCGGGUCACUGCUUUUUCUGAAUUCCAUCAUGUGUUCUUCAACCUAUUUUCUUAGAAUCAACUUUCACCAACUUUUGUACCCUUUUUUCUACAAGGAAAAACGAAUAUAUUUUACCACUCAGUUAGUGCUUAGUUAAGGAAGACAAGUAAAUAUUGAAAGGGUUUUUGUCGGAGGAAAUUGACGAAAGAUAAAGUAGUGCAUGCUCCUUUUGACUCAUUGAAGAAGUAGUACUAGUGGGUUUUGUUGGCUUAUUUCAAGCAAAUGGGGAGAGAUUUUUCAAGAUUUUAGACUCCUAAUAAGCUUAAUUGGUUGCAAAUUAACCAGGCAUUGUAUACCUUGUAAGGCUAAAGAGCAUAUACAUACUUUUUUGUUCUGAAAAUUAUAUAUAAUUAACCUAUCUUCGUGGGCGAAACUAAGUUUUUAGAUGUGGAGAAACGAAUUUCAAUAUGUCUUUCUUCUUUUAAUUAAUGGUUAUAAUUUAUACAUUAGAAAAAGGAAAAAGAGAAAAGCAAAUAUGAAGGAACAUCUCAAAACAAUUGUCCUAAGAAGUAACGUAAUGAACCGACAAUGAUGUCUCAUUAGGUGAAAGUUAUUGGUUUGAAUGAUGAAUCCUUCCCUCUUUUUAUUUUCUUUUCAUACCAAAAUCAUUUCUCAGAAGAAGAACAACGAAUCAAUUACUCCCACAAAUGAUCGAUGAUAAGUGAAAGUUGAAAAACUGUAUACAUAUUUUGAAAAUGAUUCUCUAGAGUUUAAAGCAACAAUUAAUGUAGCCAUCAGUCAUGCAAAAAAAAACAAAAACAAAAAAAUAAAAGAGGAAAAGAAGAAAAGGGUUCCCAUAAUAGAGCAAAAGCUUCGUCGUGGACAUGUGUAUAUAUAUAUAUAUAUAUAUAUGCAGAGGGAGAGAGAAAGACAGAAGAUGGGAAGGGAAACUCAUUCAUCAUCCUCUUCCAUAGACAGCAGCAACCACUCAGCUGCUGCCUCCUCUUCUUCCUCUCUCUCGCUUCCAAUCCAAACUAAUAGCAAAAGCGGCGGCGGCGGCGGUGGUGGUGGUGGUGGUGGAGGAAGAUUGGAUUUGACGACAGACCUGAGACUUGGUCUGAGCAUCUCACCCUCUUAUUACAAUGACUUCUCUGCCACCCAAAUGCCGCCCAUCAGAUCAAUCCUGAGGAGCGAAGAUGCAGGGAAAUCACAUCAUGAUCUGCAGGAGAAUCGACGACCCUCUUUAUUUAUAAAGAUUUACAUGGAAGGAAUUCCCAUUGGCAGAAAGUUGAAUCUAUUUGCACAAGAUGGUUAUGAGGGUCUAAUAAGAACCAUUGCCCAUAUGUUCCCCACCACAUUUCUCUACUCUAGUGUUGAUGAUGAUCCAGUUCAUUCUGAUAAAUAUCAUGUGCUGACUUAUGAAGAUAAGGAAGGAGAUUGGAUGAUGGUUGGAGAUGUACCAUGGGAGAUGUUCUUAAACAACGUGAAAAGACUGAAGGUGACGAGAGCCGACAAAUGCUAGAUUAUUGAAUUUGUUCAAUUCCUUCCACCAACAUUAUAUAUAUCAACGUAAUUAGCUCAUCCAUAAAAUGUAUUACGCUUAAUUUUUAACUAAAUUUAUUAAACUGACAAAUACUUUUAGAAUAUUAAUUCAA